AAAAAAGUGUCAAGGUUUUUAUUUUGGCAAAAAUGUCUGUGAUAUUUCAAACAGUAAUAAACACUGGAAAAGUUUAUUCUUUUAAUAAAUCUCUACGUGCCUCCUUAACUUCUUGCAAAUGUCUAGCUGUGAGGAAAUACUCAGAUGUGAAGAAAUUUACAUCUUUUGACGAUAUUGUGGCUCAGAGAAGAGCAGAGGCGAGGCGGAGCCUUGUAGUUCAAGUUAACUCAGAAUCUUCAUACGGUGAAUUGUACGGUUACUGUUCAAAAUAUGCUGAAAUCAAUGGUGUUCAUCAUUACAAAAAUGCAGGAGGAGAGCAUUUUAUGCUUAUUGAAUUUGGUUCAGAAGAGAACCUCAAGAAUGUUAUCCAAAACUGCAGCUCUCACCAAAAGGACAUUGAAGUUAUGGCCUCAAACUCCCCUUUUCUAUGGUUCCGAGCAGCUCCAGGCAAGAAGGAAAAGUUAUCAAUUCCUUCAAAAGCCCUCAUAAUCAAAGAUGGUAAUGCACCUCCUAAUGAGGAAGCACUCUCUGAGGAGCUAUUGAAGUGUUCCACUGUAUCUGAACAAAUACAACUGUUGUAUGAUAGAACAAAACUGAAUGAUCUGGGAGUUCGGUUACGGUUCAUGGUUGCUAGGCAGUUAGAAGUCAUAUUUGAGAGCCUGUAUGCCAACAUAGCAGUGAGGCCAUUUGGCUCCUCAGUGAAUGGGUUUGGCAAGAUGGGGUGUGACUUGGAUUUAGUCUUGACUAAUGUGGUGACCAAAGAAAUGAGCGACGGCAACAAAAGACUGGUGUUUCAAGAGAAGCGCUGCGAGGGCGGGCGCGGCGCUUGGCAGCGGCAGCUCGAGCUCGCGGCCGAGCUGUUGGAGCUCCGAGCAGCUGGAGCCACGCGCGUCACGCGCAUACUGCACGCGCGUGUUCCGAUCGUCAAGUACGCGCACGAGCUCACAGGCGUCGACUGCGACCUGUGCUACAGCAACACGUCGGGCGUGUACAUGUCAGAGCUGCUAUGGACCCUGGGCUCGCUGGACGAGCGCGUGCGGCCGCUGGCGGCGCUGGUGCGGCGCUGGGCGGCGGCAGCGGGGCUGACGAGCGCGCACCCGGGCCGCUGGGUCACCAGCUUCCCGCUCACGCUCAUGGUGCUGUUCUUUCUGCAGCAAGACACCGGCGCCGGCGCCGUCCUGCCCACCGUGAAGCACCUCGUCCAGGUCGCCGGCAAGGAGGACAUUCGAGUCGCGGAGGAAAACCUGAACUGCACGUUCCUUCGCGACAUGAACAAGCUGGCCCCAGAGCGUUACGGCCAGAGCCAAGACAGCUUGGAGACGCUGCUCCUCAAGUUCUUCGAGUUCUACGCUCAGUUCGACUUCCAGGAGAAAGCCAUCUCCAUCAACGAGGGAACCGCUAUCCGGAAACCGAACGCCCUCCCGUUGUACAUAGUCAAUCCUCUGGAGCAAUCCUUGAACGUGAGCAGGAACGUCAGCUACGAGGAGUGCCAGAGGUUGCAGGCCGAAGUCAGGAACGCCGCGUGGCAGCUGGAAGCGGGCUUAGAAGGACAGAAAUCGGACGAUUGGGGUAUCGUGGGCCUCAUCGAAAGGAAGGCGUCGAGAGGGUUGAAGAAGUUACUCCGAGUGGGAAACUCACACAGACUGGUGUCUGUGAAGGACCUAUUUAAGGAAGACGAAAACGUAGAAUCUGAAGACGGACUCCGAAGUAAACUUCAAAGACUGACGCAGAAGAGUGAGACGGAGCAGGAGGACGGAGUGAGAGAGAUGAAGAAAGAGUUGCAGACCAAACUGGAUAGGAAAGUAAAGAAUGAACCGUUGAAGUUCAAAAAUAGGCAGGUGGCGAGUGAAGUGAUGCGAAUACGGAGAAAUAAGUUGUUAUAGUUAAUUUGUGUGGAGCCCGUAUUUAGAAUGGUGUGAGUUGAUUGAGGAAAUGCGAUUGGACGUCGGGGCCUGUUCAAGACUUUAACCUAUUGAUAAAUUAUGACGACUAGCAUCAAUAUUUGCUUAACUAUUCCACUGCCUGAGUACAUCGCGUACUUUAAUCCUAUCAUCCAGAAUUAUAAAUUAUACUGUUAGUUUAACUAAAUUACAUAUUAAUGAGUGAAUGUGAUGUUUGUAAAUUGUACAGUCUAUACUUAGGUAAAUAUUAGUUUUGUUGAGGUUUUGUUUGAUACUGUAUGUAAAUGACAUUCUUGUAGUGGGUAAAAGCUGCGAAUAAACGUUUAUAAUGUU